AUGUACAUUUUACCCCCAAAAAAUGAUGUGAUGGAAACUAUAAAUCUUCACUACAGGCCGAUUCCUCAGAACUAUCAGCACAUCCUGGCUUUGGCAUUUGCUGUCAAGGAGAUCAACGAAAAUCCACAGAUCUUGCCAAAUCUCACUCUGGGGUUUCACAUCUAUGACAGCUAUCUGAAUCCAAGACUGACAUAUCGUGCAGCUCUGCAACAUAUUUCCCCAAGGGACAGAUUUGUCCCCAACUACGCAUGUGAUCUUCAGGAUAAUGUGCAAGCAGUUCUUGAAGACAUUAAUUCAGAUAAUUCACAAUUUGUCCACAAUCUUUUGAGCAUCUACAAGAUCCCACAGAUCUUGUAUGGCCAUGCUCCUGUGAUGAUGGAUUACAGACAGCUCCCAUUGUUGUAUAAUAUGGUCCCGAAUGAAACCCAGCAGUUCCUGGGGAUUCUUCAAUUGCUUCUGCAUUUCAACUGGAAGUGGAUUGGAUUCUUUACUAUGAUUGGUGUGAAUUUAGAGUGGUUUAUGCAGAGGAUGUUUCCAAUCUAUUCCCAGCAUGGCAUCUGCUUUGCCUUCAUGUAUACAAAGCCCAACAUAGAAGGCAAUGAUUAUAUGAAAGGCUAUCUGAAAAGCUUUUCAAAACUGUAUGAAAAAAUGAUGGGAAGUAGUGCCAACGUAAUUAUCUUCAAAGGAGAAGAUCGCAGUAUGAUAGUUUUGAGAGGUUUGAUAAAAUUAGCACAAACUGAAUGCAUGAUGCCAAAACCAAAAGGUAAAGUCUGGAUUGUAACAGCUCACAUGGAAUUAAAAACCUAUGGCACGAUAAAGAACUGGGAUGUGCAAAUCUUCCAUGGCAUGAUAUCUGUUGCAAUUCACUCCAAUGAACUUCAGGGAUUCCAAGAAUUUUUUAAGAGCAGAAAGCCAUCCAGCACGGAGGGAGAUGCGUUUCUCAAGGACUUCUGGUCAUACACAUUUCAUUGUGCCUUCCCAAAUUCAGUUCUGGGCAAUGUGCAUCAGGCUAAUUGCACAGGAGAUGAGACCCUGAAGGACCUUCCUGCAUUUGAAAUGAGCAUGACUGGUCACAGCUAUAGCAUCUACAAUUCAGUCUAUGCUGUUGCUUAUGCUUUACAUGCUAUGCAUUCUUCAAAAAUUCAAACAAAGAUGCAAGGAGAGAGAGAGAAAUUGAAAAACCAGCAACCCUGGCAGCUCCAACACUUUCUGAGACAUGUCUCAUUCAACAACAGCGCUGGAGACCAGAUUUCCUUUGAUCACAAUGGAGAAUUGAUAGCAGGACUUGAUAUUAUCAACUGGGUAACAUUUCCAAACCAAUCUUUUGUUAGAGUAAAAACUGGAAAGAUCCCUCCCCAGCCUCUUUCAAAGAAAGGACUUCAGAUAGACGACAAAUCCGUGGUUUGGCAAACCCAUUUUAACCAGGUACAACCUAAGUCCUUAUGCAGUGACAUUUGUGAUCCUGGAUAUAAGAUGACAACAAGGGAAGGGGAGCCAUUCUGCUGUUAUGAUUGCAGCCCAUGUCCAAAAGGAACAAUCUCUGUUCAUCAAGAUAUGGUUGAUUGUUCCGAAUGCUCAGCUGACCAUUUUCCAAGCAAGAACCAGAAUUAUUGCAUUCCCAAGAGAGUGAGCUUCUUGUCUUAUCAAGAAUCCCUGGGAGCUGGUUUUCUUUUUGUUGCUCUGAUCCUUUCUUUCAUUACAGUCCUGGUAGUUGGAAUAUUUAUUAAGCACCACCACACCCCAAUAGUGAAAGCCAACAACCGCAACCUGACAUACGCUCUUCUGAGCUCACUUCUACUCUGCUUCCUCUGUGCCCUGCUAUUCAUUGGCAAACCUGAGAAGGUGGCAUGUCUCCUCCGCCAAACAGCAUUUGGCAUCAUUUUCUCCAUUGCAGUUUCUUCUGUAUUAGCAAAAACAAUCACAGUGGUUGCCGCUUUCAUGGCCACCGAUCCUAGAAGCCGGAUGAGGAAAUGGGUGGGGAAAAGACUGUCCCUUUCUAUUGUUCUUUCUUGCUCUUUGAUUCAAGUAGGCAUUUGUAUCAUUUGGCUAGUAAUUUCUCCCCCUUUCCCAGAUGUUGACAUGCAUUCAAUGACAGAAGAAGUUGUAUUAGAAUGUAAUGAUGCCUCUCCUACUAUGUUUUAUUGUGUCUUGGGCUAUAUGGGCCUCCUGGCUAGCGUGAGCUUCCUGGUGGCUUUCUUUGCUCGGAAACUACCUGACAGUUUCAAUGAAGCCAAGUUCAUCACAUUCAGCAUGCUGAUCUUUUGCACCGUUUGGUUGUCCUUUGUUCCAGCCUACCUGAGUAUCAAAGGGAAAUACGUGGUGGCUGUUGAGAUCUUCUCUAUCUUAGCCUCCAGUGCUGGCUUACUGGGUUGUAUUUUUUUCCCCAAAUGCUACAUUAUUGUAGUUAGGUCUAAGCUGAAUAGCAGAGUACAGCUUAGAAGGAAAAAAAUCAGUGAAGUAGUUGUAGUCACCUAA